AUGUCCGACAGGAAGAUUUCGUCGGGAUCGCCGACUCCCGCGGGCUCGGGUUCCCCGGAGAGUCCCGAGGACGGGCGCUGCCCCUUCUCCCGCUUGUGGAACGGGAAGGGCUCAGGGUCCGGGCGCCCCCCCCGCAGGCGGGUCAACCUGGACUGCCUCGGAGAGAGCAUCAGGAAACUUACCUCUCCCACGCCACAGACAUUACAGAAGGCACUUCAGAGAACACAGCAUUACUUUGAGCUUCAAGUCAUAAGUUACAGAGAACUGGAAAGAGAUCUACAGCUAUCCAAUAGAUGUUCCUAUGUGGAUCACUUUGUCAUUGAGGAGCUUGAAGACAUCUCAGCAGCUUUGCAGUGCUCAGCAAAUGUGCUCGGUUUGAAGUUUGAAGAAUUGCAAGAAAAAUUUGGUGAGGAGCUGUUCUGUAUCUGCUUCGAGGAGAACGAAAGGGUCUUGCGGGCAGUAGGCAGUACGCUGCAGGACUUUUUCAGUGGCUUUGAUGCCCUGUUGGAACACGCAAGAACGACAGGCGAUAAACAAGAUGGGUUUGAAUCACCUUCUUUCCUAUGCAAUAACCUCUCCGAUGGCACUAUGAUGCUCCAUUAUUUUUAUCCGCGGAAAAUUGUUGGAUUUGCAAUGCCCGGAUUGAUCAAAGCUGCAGCGAGAAAGAUCUAUCAGCUGGAAGUUGGGGUGGAACAGGUGGUCAAUACUACUGAGAAGUUGGGCUCAGAUGGCAUAACCCAGAGCAACUGCAAUCGCCUCACAUUUAUUAUCAAAGUGCAUGAAAAUGCAAAUACUUUGAAAGCACUUCCAUUGGAAUUGUCCCAAUCUCCAUCUGACCUAAGGAUAAGCAUCACCUGCUUUUGCAGAGCAUUCCCGUUCCACUUUAUGGUCGAUCCGAGUAUGUUGAUCGUGCAGCUUGGAGAAGGGCUCAGGAAGCAACUGAAGACUGAAGCUUACAAGGGUCUGAAAUUUCACGACUGCUUUGAGAUAAUCUCUCCAAAGAUUAGUUGUACUUUUCGAAAGAUUCUCUCAAAGCUGUCAACCCCGUUUGUCAUCCGAGCCAAGCCAGAGGCAUCUGGACUAGAAAGUCAUGACAAAGUGAUGGAGAUCAAGGGGCAAAUGAUUCAUGUACCUGAGUCAAACUCUAUUCUUUUCCUGGGCUCCCCGUGUGUGGACAAACUGGAGGAGUUACUGGGACGAGGUCUCUAUCUCUCGGAUAUACCCAUCCAUGAUGCUACGCGUGAUGUUAUUUUAGUGGGCGAGCAGGCUAAGGCCCAGGACGGUCUAAAGAAAUGCAUGGACAAGCUGAAAGCGACCCUUGAAAAUACACAUCGCUUGGAGGAGGAGAAGAAGAAGACUGUGGACUUACUGUAUUCAAUCUUCCCGGGUAAUGUUGCCCAGGAAUUGUGGCAGGGGGAACCAGUGCAGGCGAAGAAGUUUGAUGACGUUACUAUGCUUUUCUCCGACAUUGUUGGCUUCACGGCCAUUUGUGCUCAGUGCACCCCAAUGCAAGUGAUCAGCAUGCUGAAUGAACUCUACACCAGGUUUGACUACCAGUGCGGAAUCCUGGACAUAUACAAGGUAGAAACAAUAGGCGAUGCAUAUUGUGUGGCUGGAGGGUUACAUAAAAAGAGCAGCAACCAUGCUAAGCUCAUAGCCCUGAUGGCACUGAAAAUGAUGGAACUCUCAGAGGAGGUACUGACACCUGAUGGAAAACCCAUUAAGGUGCGGAUUGGGAUCCAUUCUGGCUCUGUGCUGGCAGGGGUUGUUGGUGUAAAAAUGCCUCGCUACUGCUUAUUUGGCAACAAUGUCACUCUGGCCAGCAAAUUUGAGUCUUGGAGUCAACCCCGACAUAUCAAUGUCAGCCCCACAACGUACCAGUUACUAAAGGGAGAUGAGAGCUUUAUAUUCAUGCCUCGCUCCAGAAGUGAGCUUCCAGAGAACUUCCCAAAGGAAAUCCAUGGAAUAUGUUACUUUCUGGAGGCCAAUGUUCGACAGAAUCCAUCGAAGAUGAUAAGUUCACCUUCGUGCACAAGAAAAAAAUCCUACAGUAUUGGAACUAUGUUCCUGCGGGAGACGAGCUUAUGAGACAUACCGUAUAAUGAUCUAAAGAGUAGCUUCAGGGUAGAAGCAGAACCA